ACCUCCCCGGCUCGAGGUACACUGCAGCUCCGCGCGGACUCUCCAGCCCCGGCGAGGUGGCUGCGAACUCGCGGGCACGCACGGCUCCCGGGCAGCGAAGGGACUCGGGGAGGGGAGGCGCCCUAGAAGGCGCCAGCUCCCUCUCGCCCUCCCCUCGCAGCCGCGAGCCGACGUUGGAGGGACCCGGCGGCCCCAGCCCGGCAGAGCCGAGAGGCGCGGCGGCGGCUUCCCUUUUCUCCCUCAGCCAAGCCAGCCCUGGAGCAGCUCGGGGACCGGCCCUAAAAAGAGAAGGAAAUCUUGUUUACCGCCCGGGGAGAGGAGCUGAUCGAGCCUUUGUCUGGAAAGUCAGCAUCUUCGGCUCGGCUGCAAUGUGUUCCUGGAGACAUUAGCAUUGGGCAGACUGCUGGAGUGGGGCGGGGGGCGUCACCAGGUUCAUCUCUUGUUUCGGAGACGGAUCAAGUGGGUGACUUCUGUGCAUUUGUUUUCAUUUUUGGAACUCUCUUUUUUUUCCUCCCUCGCCCGCGCCUGGCAUACCCUGAUCUUCUUGCCGCUCCUAUCGCCCUGAGCCGCCGAUUGGAGGCUUUCCCAGCGGGUCUUCCUCCCUCCCUGACUUUGCAACACCGCGUUCCGGGAGGGCAGACCUCGGCAAGGAAGGAGGCGGGGGAGCAGCGAACACCGGGUCCCAAACCUUGACAUGCUCUCGGGCGGAGAGGAGGAAGCCCGGAGCUGAGCGCACCGCUGGAGUGCUUCGCGGGCCGGCUCCGGGCGCCCUGCCCUGCGCCGGGGCGGCCGCCUCUUUGGUCUGGGGGGCGCUCCCCGUUUCCCGCCCCGGGAGUCCGCGGCCGGCAGGACCAUGCUGCUGAAGGAGUACCGGAUCUGCAUGCCGCUGACAGUGGACGAGGAGUCAUUUCUGGAGCCUCUGUGUGGUGCCAGGUGCUCUGAAUACAGAGAUGAAUGAGCUCACCCCUGCUUUCAAUGAACCACUUGUCUGAUAGAGCAGACCGACAAGGCAAUCAGUGACCGUGGCCUAAUGGGUGGUCACCUAAGCCAGAGGCACGGUGGCUUCGUUUGAUGGCAGAAGGCAGAGGAGAACGUGGGAGAUGUUCUACAGACGUUCUACAGAAAACUUACAAAAUUGGACAGCUGUACAUGAUCAGCAAGCACAGCCACGAACAGAGUGACCGGGGAGAAGGCGUGGAGGUCGUCCAGAAUGAGCCCUUCGAGGACCCUCACCACGGCAACGGGCAGUUCACCGAGAAGCGAGUGUACCUCAACAGCAAAUUGCCUAGUUGGGCUAGAGCUGUUGUCCCCAAAAUAUUUUAUGUUACAGAGAAGGCUUGGAACUAUUAUCCCUACACGAUUACAGAAUAUACAUGUUCCUUUCUGCCGAAAUUCUCCAUUCACAUAGAAACCAAGUACGAGGACAACAAAGGGAGCAAUGACUGCAUUUUUGACAAUGAAGCCAAAGACAUAGAGAGAGAAGUCUGCUUUAUUGAUAUUGCCUGCGAUGAAAUUCCAGAACGCUACUACAAGGAGUCUGAGGAUCCUAAACACUUCAAGUCAGAGAAAACAGGACGGGGACAGUUACAGGAAGGCUGGAGGGAUAAUCAUCAGCCCAUCAUGUGCUCCUACAAGCUGGUGACUGUGAAGUUUGAGGUCUGGGGGCUUCAGACCAGAGUGGAACAAUUUGUACACAAGGUGGUCCGAGACAUUCUGCUGAUUGGGCAUAGACAGGCUUUUGCGUGGGUUGAUGAGUGGUAUGACAUGACAUUGGAUGAAGUCCGAGAAUUUGAACGAGCCACUCAGGAAGCCACCAACAAGAAAAUUGGCAUUUUCCCACCUGCAAUUUCUAUCUCAAGCAUCCCCCUUCUACCUUCUUCAGUCCGCAGUGCCCCUUCUAGCGCUCCGUCCACACCUCUGUCCACAGACGCACCAGAAUUUCUGUCAGUUCCUAAAGAUCGGCCCCGGAAAAAGUCUGCCCCAGAAACUCUCACACUUCCAGACCCUGAGAAAAAAGCCACCCUGAAUUUACCUGGCAUGCACUCUUCAGAUAAGCCAUGUUGGCCCAAAUCAGAGUAACUUAAUAUGAAUAUUUCAUGGGGUUUUAUAUUUUCA